CGGAUAAUUGAAUGAAACCCAGAUGCAGAAUUUAUUAAACGUAAUAUACAAGAAUAUGUAUUUCUGUCUUGCCGGAGAGCAAGUUGAGAUUUUAUUUUAUUCGGAUAAAACUAAUGGCGAGUUGUAACAUCACCUUACGCGAACAGAGGUUCUACAACGUUUGGUUAAAUUGAUUAUUUCCAAAUAUCUGCUUACUCUCGUGUAUGUUUUUCUAAAUAAUCAAGCCGUUUUUCGACUAGGGAUGAGUGCAUCGAGAUGGGGCCGAUGGUCGGAGAAGUGUGAAACCCCCACAUGCGACAGGCCAUUCCGGCAAAAGGGAAAAAUGUGAAAAAGGCCCGGAUUGCACCAUUGUUGACACGAUAUGGCUAACCAGAUCGAGUCUGACCUCUUCCCCCUGGAGGACAUCCCCUCGGUGGUAAAGCUGUUCAAGCAGGAGCUCGACAAGGCGGACCCAGACCUGGCACUCCUCUCCCUCAUAGCGGGCGCCGUCGAGAAUUCCCUCACGUGCUCCAAGAACGUGCUCACUACAGUCGAACAGCAGGUCCUAGACGACGUCAAGAUCCCCAGGAUCCAGCUUCACAUCAUAAACGCGCUGUAUACAAAGUUUCACGCAAUCAUCAAAGGUUCCAUCGACGUGACCAAAUACGACAAGUUCGCGACGAGGGAACUCAUCAAAAAAGUAUCCGACGUCGUCUGGAACUCUCUCACAAGGAGUUAUUACAAAGACAGGGCCCAUCUGCAAAGCCUCUACAGUUACAUGACAGGUAAUAAACUUGAUUGCUUUGGAGUUGCAUUUGCUGUAGUUGCAGGAUGUCAGGCCCUCGGUUACAGCGAUGUCCAUCUGGCCUUGUCCGAAGACCAUGCUUGGGUUGUAUUUGGUGAGAAACUGGAAAACACGGCUGAAGUGACAUGGCAUGGCAGCGAUGACAAACGGGGACAAAGUAUAGAUUUGGGUGUCAAUUCCCGGUCAUGGUUGUAUUUGAACGGUCACCCCGUUCUCUGCAACAGGCACAUGGAAGUGGCAGCACUGGUCUCUUCCAUCAAUCCAUCCCUGACAGUCACUACAGAUUCAAUGGAAGUGUCUAUAUUUCAGCAACAUUUACUCUGGCUUCUUUAUGACUUGGGCUAUCUUGAUAAAUUUCCCAUGGCCUUAGGUAAUCUGGCUGAACUGGAAGAAUUGAAACCAACUCUGGGGCGUAUUCCCUGUUUUACAAUCCUUCAACAAGGCAUCAUGUCAUCUAGAAAGUUCUAUAACAACAUGCAUGUAUACCCAUACACAUAUCACGCAGGAUAUUUCUACAGACACAAUCUUUACAAACAGGCAUUCAAAUCAUGGGCAAAUGCAAGCGAUGUCAUAAAACAGUAUAAUUACUCAAGAGAUGAUGAAGAGAUUUACAAAGAAUUAAUGGAAAUCGCGAAUGAACUCAUUCCUCAUAUAAUGAAGGUCGUGAGUUCUGGUCACAGUGCACAUUCAAUACUGAAAGAUCCAGAAUGUUUUGCCGAUUUGUUGAGGUUUUAUGAUGGCAUCUGCCAAUGGGAAGAAGGGAGUGCGACGCCUGUCCUUCACAUUGGUUGGGCCAAGCCCCUUGUUAAUACAAUCUCAAAAUUUGAUGCGGAAAUUAGGGGGCAAGUCAAUAUUACAAAUGCUGCUGAGGUUUUCAACAAUAACAAUGACCUGUGCACAACUUUAGAAGGAAAGAGUCGUGGUUUUAUCGAUCUAGAUACAAAGAGUGUUACAACUGAUGACCUUGACCCUAAAAUAAAAGCUUUGACAGCAGCGUGUGGUGAAAAAAUCUUAAACCGUGAUUUUCUACUCCAGGGUGGUGGUGAGCCAUUCGUCGGAGAAGAGGAAGCUACGACGUCAUUGUCUAAGAUUGAAAAGGCAAACCCAAAACUGAUCCUAUACAGUCAGAAAAUGCGUGGUCUUAAAGACCUUUUGCUAGCCGAGAAACUGAAUACGAGUGCAAUUUCUCUACAACUUACCGCACAGAGUCAAGUUCAGUUCGGCAAGAAAGGUAGAGAUGAGACGUCAGUGGGAUCCAGGCCAAAGAGAUCUCGGCGGGAAUAAAAUUCGAACAAGA